AUGCAUUACUUGCUGUUAAUCACCCUCAAGUCAUUGAUUGUGAGCGCGAUAUUUGGAACUGUUUUGGGUGCCUUUGCCAGUUUCAAGGCAGACUCGUUCUUCUGGAAUGAAGAGACGCUUCCAGAACUAGACUCUUUCAUCUUCAAUUUGGUAGAAGGUAAAUCCAAAGACUGGGGAACUGAACCGUUAUAUGCAUACUUUACCAAAUAUUUGCCGCACAUUUUCAUGAUCCCGUUGAUUCCAUUGAUGGCGCUUUACGGUUUCAACGAUGAUCUUGUCAAUUAUGGUGUUGGUACUGUCAAGACGGUUACUAUCAGCUCAGUGCUGUUCAUUUUUGUCAUGUCUUUGCAACCACAUAAAGAAUGGAGAUUUAUAGUAUAUUCUCUUCCCGGUAUCACAAUUGCUGCUUCCAAUGGUAUUGUUAAAAUCAUGGAGAAGGCAAAAUCUUAUCGUUCGCUUUUCAAAUUCGUCGUUAUUGCCAUCUGCUUGUGCAAUUAUCUUCUAUCGUUGUUUGCUGGCUACGUUUCCAGCUUCAACUACCCUGGGGGGGAGGCACUAACCAACUUGAAUUUGAAGUUGUUCAGAGAGAAUCAGGCUGGUACGUUAAGGCCGAUAACCGUCCAUAUGGAUGUGGCCACGUGCAUGAGUGGAGCAACGCUAUUCAACCGCAUGGAUGAUUCAAAGUUCGAAAUCACGUAUGACAAGACGGAGAAUUCGUUCAAAUUGGACCAGUUGUGGAACACCUUUGACUACGUAAUCACAGAAAUUGAUAACGAGAAAGAACUACUCGUUGAGAAUGGCUGCCAGUGGGUCAAAAUCGACGUUGUGGAUAAGUUGUCGGGAUUGGAUAAGGCCAGCAUAAUAAGUCAUGCAAAAAAUCCAUUAAAGACAUUUAACGAGGUGAAGGCUGCAUUUCACAACAGAAACACAGGAUACUUGGUUAACUUCAUACAUCUUGAACCAGAAAUCUUUGUAUACGAGAAGAUGUGUACAGUAGUAUAG